UUCGUUCUUUAUUAAAUGACCCUGCCCUGUAGCCUCAUCAUCCUCAAUCUCCUGUUUCAACCUCUGAUGGAGAAGCUAACAAUGGGGGUCCUGCUCUCCAUUAUCUCAUUAAUAUCUUGUUUCAGCCCUCUGCAUGUUCUUGCACAGUGGCCCGGUGGAAGAUCGACCAGGUUCUAUGACUUCAAGGUGCAAACAACAAGGAUUACCAAGCUAUGCAACACCAAGGACAUAGUAACAGUCAAUGGAAUGUAUCCAGGACCGGUUGUUUACGCCGAAGAAGAUGACAGAGUGAUAGUCAAAGUUACAAAUGAGAGUCCAUACAAUGUCACAAUUCACUGGCAUGGCAUCCGGCAGAGGCUAUCCUGCUGGUCUGAUGGACCAUCGUACAUCACACAGUGUCCUAUUCAAGCUGGACAGAGUUUUACAUAUGAGUUCACGUUGGUAAAGCAGAAAGGCACCCUUCUCUGGCAUGCUCACGUCUCUUGGCUUCGGGGCACUGUCUAUGGUGCUAUAGUCAUGUAUCCUAAGACAGGGGUCCCUUAUCCCUUUACCUAUCCUUAUGAAGAGCACAUCAUUAUACUGGGAGAAUAUUGGCUGAAGGAUGUAGUACAGCUUGAGAAAGCUGUUCUAGCUAGCGGAGGAGGUCCUCCACCAGCUGAUGCAUUUACUAUCAACGGCCAUCCUGGCCCUAACUACAAUUGCUCCAGCAAUGAUGUAUACAGGAUUGACGUGGUCCCAGGAAAGACCUACCUGCUGAGGCUGAUAAACGCAGCUCUGAACAUGGAAAACUUCUUCUCAAUUGCAAAUCACAGGAUGACCAUUGUCGAAGCUGAUGCAGACUACACAAAGCCAUUCGCAACCGAUCGCGUGAUGCUUGGACCAGGCCAGACAAUGAAUGUCCUUGUCACAGCCGAUCAAUCCAUUGGAAAAUAUUCUAUGGCCAUGGGUCCUUACAUGUCAGCCCAGGGCGUACCCUUUCAAAAUAUAUCGGCCAUAGCAUACUUCCAAUACCUUGGUGCUUUGCCCACUUCCCUGUCUUUGCCUGCUAGACUACCCAUUUUUAAUGAUAAUCUUGCAGUUAAGACUGUCAUGGAUGGGCUUAGGAGUUUGAAAUCUGGUCAUGUUCCAAAGGAGAUCGAUCAGAAUCUCUUUUAUACUGUAGGAGUAAAUGUUCAACAGUGCCACUCCCCAACGCCACAGCAAAAUUGCCAGGGCUUGAACAAUGGGACGAUGGCUGCGUCUAUGAACAAUAUAAGCUUUGUCAAACCCAAAAUUUCUCUUCUUGAAGCUUAUUACAAUAGAAUUAAUGGCCAGUUCACUGAGGAUUUUCCCGGUGUGCCUUUGAAGUUCUACGACUUUGUCAAUGGGGCACCUAAUAACAGUCCUAAUAACACCCAGUCGAUGAUCGGAACUAGAACCUUUGUCCUUGAAUAUGGAACUAGGGUUCAACUCAUAUUACAGGACACGGGGACGGUUUCUACGGAAAACCACCCAAUCCACCUUCAUGGAUAUAGCUUCUACGUAGUUGGAUACGGCUCGGGCAACUAUAAUCCCCAAACCGCACAGUUCAAUUUGGUGGAUCCACCUUACUUGAACACAAUUGCAGUUCCCGUGGGCGGAUGGGCGGCAAUUCGAUUUGUGGCAGACAAUCCAGGGGUUUGGUUCAUGCAUUGUCACUUCGAUAUACACUUGUCAUGGGGAUUAGCUUCAGCGUUUAUAGUGAAGAAUGGCAAAGGGGAGCUCGAGACCCUUCCUCACCCGCCGGCAGACCUGCCCCGGUGCUAGAGCUUUUGCUUUUGUGCUUAACUGUUCUGUUUUCACUC